AGCAGAGUGGUUGCAGCAACAGAUCGAUCCACUUUUCCUUUCCCUCCCCUCUCCUUCGUCGUGAUUAGCGGGAACUUGGGAGGACCGGAUAACACCACGAGGGGGGGAUAAUGAUGAUCAGGAGACAGGAUGGGACAAGAUGGGGGCGAUGCGAAGAGAUAUCUGGGGCCCAUCUAAGGAAUGCUAAUGUCAAUCAUUAGGCUGAUACUCCGCAGGAGGUUUCCGCAUCGGCAUGGGGGGUUUCAGGAUCAGGAUUUCCACAGGGAAGGAUGUCCACAGGCAAGAUUGGCGCGUGUUUCCCCUCCAAGGCUGAAGGUGUCAGUCAACUGGAGGGUCAGGGAGAGGACGAUCUGCCAUGGAGAUCCUCUCGGGGACCAGAGGAUGGAGGGAGGAGGGAUAGGAGAGGUAGGCAGAAGGACGAUCGAACUCCGAUCUAUGGUCUGUGGGAUUUAUAUGACAGGUCGACAUCAGAGUAUGAAAAUCAAUAAGCUCCUAUUGUUGACGGUGACAACCAUGGUACGGAUUGACCACGACUAUAGCUAUAGUCAUUGUAAUGUGAUUACUAGGAAGACAGAUGGCAUCCCAUGCGGCAUCGGCCAUCGCUAUCCCAGCCCCCCAAUCAGGCUUGGUUCCAUACAUUCCUCCCCGACGAGCGCCAGUAAUCUCCGUCAAACGACUCGUGGAGACUAAAGAUGAAAUAUGGUUGCCUCCUUAUCUCAAGGUCAGUCAUUGUCGUCAUGGACUUCCUGACUGAGCUUGGGCGAAUGGAUUUCAGAUGAUCG